AUGGACAUGAUGACCGUGAGCCAGAUUGCCGGCAUUGUUCAGUUUCAGCCUGUUUCAGCAUUUGAUAUGUUUGGGGUGUCUACCAUUGAGGUGUUUGAGGGGACUCAGACUCUUCCUGUUCCAGAGCUUCCAGAGGAUGAUAAGUUCGAUAUUCAGUAUGUUUCUCAGAAGUCUAUUAAGGGGAGUAUUGUCGCCGAUCACUUAGCCUCAGUACCGACAUCUGAGGAUAGACCAUUUGAUGAUGAUUUUCCAGAUGAGGAGUUUGUUGCUAUGACCAGCUUAUCAGGAUGGUGCAUGUACUUCGACGGUGCAGCCAAUCAGUCAGGGUAUGGGAUAGAGACUGCAUUGGAGCUUGACAUUAGACAGAUAGAGGUGUUUGGUGACUCCAAUUUGGUACUCAGGCAGAUUCAGGGGGAUUGGAAGACUAGGGACGUGAAGCUUAGGCCAUAUCAUGCUUAUUUAGAGUUGUUGGUUGCGAGAUUUGACGACUUGAGAUAUGUUCAUCUGCCUAGAGCGCAGAAUCGAUUUGCUGACGCCUUAGCCACUUUAGCUUCCUCCGUGGACAUUCCGAUUGAUGUAGUCAUACGUCCAUUACUGAUUGAGUCCAGGUCUGCACCCGCCUAUUGUUGUUUGAUUGGAGAGACAGAGGUCCAAGAUGACCUACCUUGGUAUCAUGACAUCUAUCAGUUCCUUAGAUCUGGCACAUACCCUGAGGUAGCCACUACCAAGGAUCGGAGAGCACUGAGGCAUUUGGCUACUAGAUUUGUGAUUUGCGGAGAUACCUUGUAUAGACGAUCGGCCGAUGGUAUGCUUUUAUUGCGUUUAGAUCGAGCCUCUGCAGAUCGAGUGAUGAGAGAGAUUGCUGUCAGUUUGUUCAGAAAUGCCUAG